GUUGAUGUCAAAAUCUCUUUCUUAUUUGCCUCUUUUCUACACUAACAAUGGUACCAAAUCCACACACUUGUUGUAAAAGAUGAAUAUUUGGCUUUGUUAUUUCUUCCUUCGCCCCAAGUUACCGAUUCCAUUUUGAGUGUCCAAGUUACUUGAGUCAUUUCUCUUUUUCGUUAAAAACAAAAUAGUUAAUCACCUUUCUUUUACUUUACUCUCUCUUCUAUCUCUUACUUUAUUCUCUCAUUUACUUUAUUUAAUUCAUUAAACGAAAUUUUCUUAAAUCUCGAAAAGAAAUGCAUCAAGUAACGUAGGACGGAAGGAAGGAGUGGUAUUUAUUUGUAGGGUUCAAGAAUUUGUUUAUGAAUUAGGAAUUAGAUUGUGUUGUGAGUCAUGGCUAGAGUACUUCAAUUGACUGAUUAACAGCAUGAAUUUUCAAUGCUGAAGUUCCUGUUGUUAAUAAUAGGGAGGCUCAUAGUGAUUUUAGGAUUUGUAUGCAAGUGAAAUGAUUUCGAGUUCGUGUAUAUAUUGAUUUGAGUGAUAACAAGAUGUGAAAUUAACUAUAGUCAUUUGAACUCUCCAAACUGAUCAUGUCAAGUAAACUUGGAUUUUGAUCAUAAAAAAUAGCUUCACUACAAGAUUUUUUGCUCUUUUUCUAGUGUUAACAUUGCCAUUAGAUGAUGAAAAUGUGAUAAAAAGAAGAUUCUCAACUCAGCUAGUCCUUCUCACUUGUGUAGCUUCAUUCUCUUUGUUGUGGCUGGAAAGGAUCCUCUUACCUCUAGUGUUUUAGCUGUGAGUUAUUUGUUCGGGUUCAAUAUGUUUAUCAUGAAUCCGAAGAAGGCCAACGUUCCUGCUGUAACUCCCGAGGAGGAUUAUGGUGAUAGAUGGAUGAGACUGAUCUGGAACAUCGAUCUUUUGAUGAAAAUAUUUAUCCUGUUACCUGCAAAAUCUAUUAUCCGAUGCAAGUUAGUAUGCAAACAUUGGCUCGCACUGGUCUCCUCUGAGAAAUUCUGCCAUCUCCACACCCUGCGCUCCCCAAAGGUGCAGCCGUCUCUUCUCCUGAACUUGAACCAGAGGAAUCCCAGCUCGCACAUCUUUAACUUUGAUCCAAUCAUGAAUGGCGAAAAGCUGAUGAUACCAUACACCUUCUCUGUUCCAAACCCCACAAUCAUUUGUUCUUGUAACGGCCUGAUGCUACUAAAAUCGGACCGUACAUAUGAGACUCUAUAUGUUUAUAAUCCGACCACUAAGCUGUCAAGAAAGAUCUGGGUUACCGAUUCCUAUAAGGACAAUAUUGUGGCACUUGCCUUAAUUUUUGAUCCUUCGAAGUCACUCCACUACAAGGUUGUUUGCAUUAAGUCAACCGUAGAGGAUCGCAUCUAUCCUCUUAAGGUAGAUACUUGUCGGAUCGAGGUCUAUGACUCGGAGAGUUGCGCUUGGAAGCUCAGUUUGCGAUUUGUGUUUCCUGAAAGGCUUAAAUUGAGUGGUGGAUACGGGGGUGUGUAUUGUAAUGGCUGGAUAUACUGGGAGAUGUUGGAUGCAGUCGUCUACUAUGAUAUUGCUAAGAAUGAAUUCGACUGUAUAUUAAAGCCUAGUUAUUCAUCUUACCAGUUCCAGACAAGAAUGGUACAUUGGGAUACCACUUACUGUCUCCAUGAGGCAAAUGGUCGUCUAUACAUAUCUAGAUGUCUCACAAAGGCUAACGAAUGUCUGUCAAUUGAGCUGUUUGAGUUGGAGAUGGGCGAAGGUGGUUCUUUGCAGUGGGUGUUGAGGCACAAUGAAACAAUCCUUCAACAUGAACCGACCUCCCCAUUAACUGGUUAUAUUGAUCAUUUGAGAGUCAUUAAGGGACCAUAUGGCACGGAGACGUGCAGUGUACUGUAUCAUAUGGGCGGGAAGAUCAGCGUCUAUAGUUUCAUCGACAAGAGCCAUAAUGUGCUCGUUGAUUUGACGGGCCAACUGUUCCACAUGGAUGUAUGGGGUCCUGAGUUGAAAAUGUAUGAAUUUAUUGCAUGUUUAGCUGUGGUUUGAGGGAUGAGAUGCAACUUAGACUUUGAUGAUAUUACUAUGUGGGAAGGCUCUAUGCUGAAGAAUUUUAGUUAGGUGUUUAAAAAGUAUGCAACAUUUUCUUUAUUAUCUUUACGUUGUGUUUAUGAACACUCUUUAUUUUCUGACUUUGCGUUUAUGAAAAAUCUUUAUUUGAGCUCCUAA